ACCUUCAAACGGAGCCGAGCACAAGCCUGGCCGGAGGAACAGGGCGACCGGGAGCACGGGCUGUACAGCCUGCACCGCAUGUUCGACAUCGUGGGCACCCACCUGACCCACCGGGACGUGCGGGUGCUCUCCUUCCUCUUCGUGGACGUGAUCGACGAUUACGAGAGGGGGAUGAUCCGCAGCGGCCGGGACUUCUUGCUGGCGCUGGAGCGGCAGGGCCGCUGCGACGAGACCAACUUCCGACAGGUGCUGCAAUUGCUGCGGAUCAUCACUCGCCACGACCUGCUGCCGUACGUCACCCUCAAGAGGCGACGGGCCGGGAGAGGGUCGGGGGGGAAUCAGCGUCCCCCGUCCUCUCCCCGCGCAGUGCCUCCCCACCACCCCGUGGUCUGCUGCUCCUCCGCGGGACCCCAAAUCUGUACCAAGAGGCCCGGCCGCGGCAGGACCCUCCUCAGCAGCCAGCGCAAGAGGAGGAAGUCGGCGACGCCGGACCCUAAGGAGAAGCAGACCUGCGACAUCCGCCUGCGAGUCCGAGCCGAGUACUGCCAGCACGAGACGGCGCUUCAAGGCAACGUCUUCUCCAACAAGCAGGACCCCUUGGAGCGCCAGUUCGAGCGCUUCAACCAGGCCAACACCAUCCUGAAGUCCCGGGACCUGGGCUCCAUCAUCUGUGACAUAAAAUUCUCAGAGCUCACCUACCUCGACGCGUUCUGGCGCGAUUACAUCAACGGCUCUUUGCUGGAAGCCCUCAAGGGCGUCUUCAUCACGGACUCGCUCAAACAAGCCGUGGGCCACGAAGCCAUCAAACUGCUGGUCAAUGUGGACGAGGAGGAUUACGAGGUCGGGCGCCAGAAACUCCUGAGGAACUUGAUGCUGCAGACGGCGCCCUGA